AUAACAGGAUUGAGUGAGAGUGAGAGAGGAUGAUGGAAUGAAUGGAUAAAAUUGUUGAUACUGAAGUUGAUAGGAAAACUUUAUUCUGAUCCAUUUUUAAUCUAAUUGCUAUUUUUUGGUUGUCAAACUGAAAGAGUUGAAUUUAAAAAUCAAAUGUCUGUAUUUCACAAGCCUACUAGUUUCGUAUAGUAAAUUUGUUGGAUUAGUAAAUUUUACAAGUCAUAUUUUCAUAACCUUACUAAAUUGCUGUAACUGAUAAAGACAUAACCUAUAAAAAAUGAGUUCAUCGCAAGUUUGUUAUAAGUUUGGUCGAUUAAUUUUUGGCAACUCAAGAAAUUUGCAAGGGAGAAUAAGAAUUUUCGGCUCUGCUAAUGGCCGAAGAUUACUGACGACUGCUCCUGAAGAAAAGACUUCAGCUGAGAAAGAAGAGAGUAAGAAGAGUGACUUAAAUGAAGCUGGAUUAAAGAUGGAAGAGCUUCUAAAACAAGUUGAAACUUUAACUGAUGAUAAGAAGAGUCUUGAGGACAAAUACAAAAGGGCUUUGGCAGAUGCAGAAAAUACCCGAAGAAUAAAAAUGACAGAAGUUGAGAAAGCCAAAAACUUUGCUAUUCAAGGAUUUUGCAAGGAUUUGAUUGAGGUUGCUGAUACAUUGAAUAAAGCAACAGAAUGUGUGCCAAAGGAAGAAAUCUCUGAAGAAAAAAACCCACAUCUGAAAAAUCUUUAUGAUGGUCUUGUGCUAACAGAAAAUAUUUUGCAAAAGGUGUUUCAAAAACAUGGUUUAGCACAGUGUAAUCCUAUGAAUGAACCAUUUGAUCCCAACUUUCACGAGGCUCUGUUUCAACAGGAAGUGGAAGGUAAACCUCCCAACUUAGUGGUGGUGGUGUCCAAGAUCGGUUACACACUCAAUGGUCGCUGUAUUAGGCCAGCACUAGUAGCUGUCUCCAAAGAGAAGAGUGCAUAACUUGUCUUUGGAACAAAAGAUAAUCUGUGGUUAUGUUACAGUUAAUUGUAAAAUAUAGUGGUGAAAUUUUUUUUGUUACA